AUGCCCUCGCCCUCGCCCACCCCUCGCCGCCCCGGCCCCCGCCCCGGCCGAGGGGGCGGCGCCGCGGGCGGGCGCCGGACGGGGAGGCGCGGCGCGGCGGCGGCGGCUGCAGUUCUGGGUCGUUUGCUGGGUUUUGCCUCACCGGGUCGUGGGCGGGUGGCGCGCCAGGGAGGAGGGCGGAGGAGCCCGGGCACGCAGCGGCCACCUGCUCCCGCGCCCCCCGCCCACGCCGAGCCGCCGGCGUGGGCGCGCCCUCCCCCGCCGCGCUGCAGGCAUCCGUGCUCGGCCUGCCCCGCCCAUGCUUCCCCCGGGGCCUCCGAGGGGUGGCGCGGGGACUGCGGGAAGCCCCGGGAACUGGACCAAUGGCGUGCCGGGGAGCGUAUACCGGACUUUUCACCCGUCUCUGGCGCCGACGCUCGGCGGCAGGAUCGCGUUGGAGCUCGGUGUAGUCGAAGUUUAAGUCGCAGCCUGCAGCUGUUUCAAAGGGAGACGCCCGCCCACUCUCCCCUCGCCAAAGGCCAGCCUGGAAGCCGCCGUGGACACCGGCUGGGAAGGGGUCUCCUAAGGUGUCCAGGCUCCCGCAGGAACACGCCUGCCAGGUGUUGGCCGCGACAAAGGCUCGCGGUACCAGAAUCGCCGCCACCACCCCCCAGCCACUGUGCCCUGACCCUGUCGGAGGCGGGCCGGCGUUCAGAACAGGAAACCGGCGCCGGGACAAGAACGGUGAACAAGACAGGCCAGGUCCCCACUCGUAGAAAGCUUAGAUGGGGAGACAGACACGGAGACCACACACGUGCACUACCUGUGAAGACCACCCUGAAUUUUAUGUGCAGAUGCCUGUGGAACCUGGGGCCCCCAGAUUAAGCCCCUCUGCUCACCCAGCUCUCGUAGACAAAACGGAACCUGGUCAGCUUUGCUGGCUGAAGAUCUAGCAGUCACUCUGCCACAGUCCAUUCAGGCUGCUGUCACCAAGUGCAGAAGACUGGGUGGCUCAUUUGUCACAGUUGAGGGGGCUGGGAUGUUCAAGGUCAAGGCGCCAGCAGGUUCAGCCUCUCCUGACGGCCGGCCUUCUCACGAGUGCGCCCCUUCCCCAUAUCCUUGUGUGGUGCGAACAGCAAAGGCGCUCCCUGGGGCCUGUUCAUAAGGCGCUGAUUCUCAUGACUUCUGCACCUCCCAUGACCGUCACCCACGGGUCAGAAAGUCAAUGUCCAGCAUGUGGGGGACGCAGAUGUCCAGACCACAGCACCAUCCUACUCAGCGCUCACAAGGGAGAGCAGAGAGGCUGAGGUUGAGCCCCGGUGAAGCACUUCCUGGUCUCAAGCGAAAAGUUUGCCUCCUUGAAGAUGACAAAACCAGAGCCCGUGUCUCCAGUGGGCCUGGCCUCAAUCGGAAAGGAGCUCUUCCUGGGUCUCUUCCUUUGGGAGUGAGGGAAAACGGGGUGUGGGGGAGGGGAGAGAUACAGAGUAUGACUUCGAGAGGCAGCUGCAGAGUCUAGAAUUCUGUGCCAGGCUCUUCUGGGUACUUUUGGCCAGUCUGCCUCCAUUUCCUCAACUGUCACGUGGGAGUUACGUAGUGAUUAUGAUCAGAGAGGUCAGGAAGAGGUUGAGUAAGACCACGUACGUGACAAUAUUUGACAAAGAGCGAAGCAGUGUUUCUCAAACUCAGUACAUAGUGCCCCUCAGGUCUUGCUGAAAGUGUGUUCUGGGGCCAGCAUUGUGGCAACCCUGGCAACAUCCCAAAUCAAGUCCUGGCCACUCUGCUUCUGAUCCAGCUCCCUGCUAAUGCGCCUAGAAAGGCAGCAGAAGAUGGCCCAAGUGCUUGGGUCCCGCCACUCACAUGGGAGAUCAGGAUGGAGUUCCUGGCUUCAGCCUGGCCUGAUCUGACUGUGUUGGCCGUCUGGAGGGUAAGCAACAAAUGGAAGAUCUCUCUCUCUGUCACUCUGCCUUUCACAUAACUAAAUAAGUAAAUCUUAAACAAUUUAGUCCUUUCAGAAAAAAUAAAGUAAAAAGUAGGUUCUGAACCAGUAGGUCUGGGUCAGGCCCAAAGAUUCUGCAUUUCUGGCCGGCGCCACAGCUCACUAGGCUAAUCCUCUGCCUGAAGCACCGGCACCCCGGGUUCUAGUCCCAGUUGGGGUGCCGGAUUCUGUCCCGGUUGCUCCUCUUCCAGUCCAGCUCUCUGCUGUGGCCCGGGAAGGCAGUGGAGGAUGGCCCAAGUGCUUGGGCCCUGCACCUGCAUGGGAGACCAGGAGGAAGCACCUGGCUCCUGGCUUCGGAUCAGCGCAGUGCACCGGCUGUAGCAGCCAUUUGGGGGGUGAACCAACGGAAGGAAGACCUUUCUCUCUGUCUCUUUCUCUCUCACUAACUCUGCCUGUCAAAAAAAAAAAAAAAAAAAAAAAAUCUGCAUUUCUACCACCGAGCAUCCCUGGUGACACCUGAGUGGCUACUCUGAGGCCCACACUCUGAGUAGCAAGGGGCCAAGCACUCUACCAGUGUUCAUUGUUGCUACUUAUUGCUGCUUGUGUAUUCUACCCCACAGCAUGACCCAAGGAGAAUGACAGUUGGUGAGGAGGGAGCCACAGCUUAUGAGAUGGGGCCAGGCUUUGCUCAGCAAGACACUGGAUCUCACAGCCAAGUCAAAUAAUCCUUCCGAUCAACUCAGUGUGGACUAACCAGGCAUGGGGGCUGGGAGCAAACUGCAUGGAAUAUUUGUGCAAACAAACAACGUAUGGCCAGCAAACCCCUUGCACUGGUAGCGCUGUCUCAGUCUUUGCGUGUGCCGGCUUUGGGUUUCUGAGUCACCACAUCCCUUCCUGGCAGUUCGGAAGAUCCCCUUUCCCCUGGAUCUCCCGAGGUGAAGAUGGUUCCCUGUGACGGCUGCAUCUACUCUACGCUGCUAAGAACAGCCCAGAACAGUGCAGCCGAAGACGUGUGAGAUGCCACUCGGAAGCUGCUGGAGGGAGUGUCGGCUGGUUCCACAUCUCACCAAAGCCAUCUGGCAGUUGAGACAAAGCAUGCACGUGCCCUUUGACCAGUGAUAAAUUCUGGAAUAUAUAUUCCCAGGACAUUCUCCCACAGGUCCAUAAGGAGGCACAUCACGGGACUGCUGGGGUAGCUGUGGGAGGCAGCCUGAAUUGUUAACACUAGAGAAAAGGACUACUAAAAAAAAAAAAAAAAAGCAGAUGUGCAUCAGUUAAUACUAAGUAGCAGUGGAAAACAACCAACCAGAUGUACACAGCAACAUAGAUGGAGCUUAAAAACCCAGCAUUAGGGGAAAACCAGAGGAAACACAACAGGAUUUAUAGCAGCACACACACAGGACAUGGGCAUCUAGGAUUCACCAUGUUUAUGGUCAGCUCAUGGAGGGUCCCAGCCUGCCUUGCGUGUGCCCAGCUGUCCAGAAUUACUCACAGAAGAGGCCCAGCUCUCAUCACGUUUGAGCAAUGAACCUCGUCCUUCGGCCCCUAAACCAAGAGGCUCCUUUAACCGGCUUACAAGUCUGCAUCACAACUUUAACUGGUAGGAAUUUGAAAAUGCUUUGUAUGAUGGUCCUAGAAUAUGGCACAAAAUUAAUAUAUAAUAAAGGGGGAGAGUUGUUCAAAUUCUCACAUCCUGCAGCAUCAAGUGCCAUGCAUGUUUCUUUCCCCGCCCUUCCGACACCGUGGAGUGUGUGCUCCAGAGAGGAACCGAGGGAAUCUGGAUACCGUAAACUCUUGGAUCCCCAUGGUUUGGGCCAGAAAGCAGAAUCACACUCUGUGGGCGAUGCCCAGGCAGGAAGCUGAGUAUGCGAGAUGCUGGGGGUGCGGGCUUCCAAAUCGCAACUCCCGUCUGCGCAGGUCUGGCGUGUGAGUCCUGCUUGGCUGUUUAGGGUGAAGCCGGUGCUGCUUCGGCUUUGGGAGUAAUGGCGACAGGCAGCAGUAGCCUCAUGAAAGUCAUCAAGUCACCAGGACCUGCGCUUUGGAAUGCAGAAGGACGGCCUAGCUCAGGUUACAAGUGGGCCUUCGGUCAGGUCUGGAUGGGCGCGCUGUCCAGGAGGCUGAGGCGGGGCCGCCUGACCCAGGGUUGGCUGUGUGUCAGCAGGAGCCAGAGCGUUCCCGGAGGGGUCUCCCAGCCUUUUUACUUAGAUGGAUUCAAAGCCAGGUUUAAGUAGGGCUUCAGGUCUGAAACAGGCUUUUCUCAUAUUGAUU